AUGUCCCAAUGUGUGCGAGAUGAUGCGGAGGCUCCGUGCGACUACUGCGUGAAGUCAACCCGUCCAUUCACGACCUGCGUGGUGGUCGAGGAUGGUGAGUUCGGCCGAAGGGAGAACGACGCAGCAGAGGAGAAGGAUACUGCUACAGGCGGUCCCGAGGCCGCCGCCGGAGGUAGACGGCCGAAAAGGGGACAAAAGCCCCCAAAUGAUGAAAAGCCGAAGGACAAACCGCGUCCAAAGAACACAAAGGCCACCAAGAACACACUCACUAGGAAACAGCCCAAAAGCCGGGUUGCUAAGCGGAAGCCAAAACCGACAGGCCGGAAAAGGAAGCUGGAUGACCUUAUCCACGAAAGCGAGGCACUGGAGGACCAGAUAGAGGACCUCGCGGGCAAAGGGGAUGUGAUCAAGUCCACAGUAGAGAACACAGCGACGCAGCUACAGGUGAUGGUGACCAAUCUCGAGCGACAGCAAAAGAACGCUGGAAAAUUGCGGAAGGCGUUGCAGUCCUUGGCGGACGAGACAGUGGAGAGUGCGGACGAGGACGAGGAUGGGGAGCGAGGAUGA